UGUGCACCUGCACUAGUGUAGCAGCGCUCACCGGUAGGGACAGAAAUGGCCUCAAGUGAGGGAAACACAUACAAAUUGACAUCUUUGGACAGUGACAUCAAUCAGCACUUUCAGGAUGCAAUCGAUGUGAUUCAGCAACAUUCGAACAAUUCAUACUACGAUUCAGAUUAUUCAUAUUACGAGAAUCUGGGAAGUCACCACCAAUCACUGCAGUGUCAGAUCUCCUGUUGCCUCGUCACACACCAGUCUGAAGUCCCAACUCCUGUUUAUGACUGGAAUGACAUGGCUCAGCAGUCUUGGCCUCAGGUCAUACCCGAUGUUGCGUUGAGUCACUCAGUGCAAAAUGAAUCCCCACAUUUUUACUCCAUCUUACCACCACAAAGGAAUGGCAAAGGUCGGAAGAAGCUCAGACUUUAUGAAUACCUGCACGAGGCUCUGAAUGACCCCAACAUGGGCGACUCAAUCCAGUGGACGGACAGCGGCAGCGGCACCUUCCACUUCAUCUCCAAAAACAAGGAGAAGCUGGCUGAGUGCUGGGGCCAGCGUAAGGGCAACCGCAAGACUAUGACCUAUCAGAAAAUGGCAAGAGCUCUGAGAAACUACAGCCGUACUGGGGAGAUCAUCAAAGUACGCCGCAAACUCACCUACCAGUUUAACCCAGACAUCCUGCACAGGCUCGGCUCUGCACAUGUGCCCAUGCACCUGCCCCGUCACCCUCCACAGGAGGAGGCCCACACCCAGCAGCACAAUCCGUCCGAGCAGAGCUACUGCGGCUCUGCGGCAGCAGACUGGCACAGCUGGUACGCUCACUAUCAGCCGCACGAAGAUUACGACCUGGCCGCAAGCUUCACCUCACACACCAAACUCUGAGGUGGCGGAGAGCUCUCAGGAUGUCAAAGUUUUCAAAGACUCAAAUAUUUUCGUUACAUGCCGGA